AUUUGGGACUCUUUACCCUGCAUAUUAUUCUUACAAAGCCGUGAAAUCAAAGGACAUCAAAGAAUAUGUCAAAUGGAUGAUGUACUGGAUCAUAUUUGCGCUCUUCACGACAGCAGAGACAUUCACGGAUAUCUUUCUUUGCUGGUUUCCAUUCUACUAUGAACUCAAAAUAGCUUUUGUAGCUUGGCUGCUGUCUCCAUACACAAAAGGCUCCAGCCUCCUGUACAGGAAAUUUGUUCAUCCAACACUGUCUUCAAAAGAAAAGGAGAUCGAUGACUGUCUCGUCCAGGCAAAAGACCGGAGCUACGAUGCCCUUGUGCACUUUGGGAAGCGGGGGCUGAACGUCGCAGCCACGGCAGCCGUCAUGGCGGCUUCAAAGGGACAGGGGGCCCUGUCUGAGAGACUAAGGAGCUUUAGCAUGCAGGAUCUCUCAACAAUUCGUGGAGAUAGCAGCAGCACUGUUCCUCCUUCGGUCACUGUACGAACAAGUAGCAAACAGAGCCAGCCAAAAACAUCCAGAAGUGCAUCGGAAGGCACUGGCAGCUCAGUGUGCACGUGUUGCUCAGUAUGCCGACUCCUCAGAGGUGUGGACAAUAAGUAUGAAAAGCCACCUGAGGCAAACUGUGAAACAAAAGGCUCUGUGUUUUCAGAUGAUGAAGAGAACGAUUCAUUGGAUUGUGCAUCCAUGAACAAAAGGCCCAAAAAGAAGGAUCAACCCCUUGAGAAGUCCGAGUUUGUGCCGGUGGAGAUAACAGUUCUACAGGGCUUCAGAGUUGGAUCUGAGUUGCAAAACUUGGAUCUAGCUCGAAACCACGUGCUAAUGUGGAGGCACCGCCUAGGACCCUUAGACCUCGCUUCAGGAAGAAAAGUACCUCGUCCUCCGCCACUGAAACAAUGUUGUUUACAGGUGUCGCCCCAACUCCGUCAUUUCACUCUUCGGCUGCCUGCGUUCACGCAGAAUAACCACUGGACACGAAGUGUCUUUGUCGCAGUUUUUCUCUUGAGCCUCUGCCAAGGAACAAACCCGAUUCCUGCGCUGAUGCUGACCCCACCUGGCAAAGGAGAGUUUGCAGGACUCGAGCAAAGAGAGGACGCCUGGAUGGUGGCUUUUAGGUGGGUGGUGAUGGGGAGCAGUUCUCAGCUCCGAGGGUGCAAGCCAGCUAACUGCUUGUAG